AUGGACAAGACGCUCAACGUGCUGACUCCGUAUUGCGACUUUGUGGCGCGAAUCAAGAACAACGGCCCCUCCCCAGUGCUACAAGCCAUCGAUUCCAUCGAUCACAGCGGCAUUUGGGAAGGCCUACGCGCGCGCAUGGAUACGACACAGUCCAUGCGUACCUCCGUGGACUUCCCGCAGUCUUUGCGGCCUCUCAGCCUCACAAGCGUGUCCUCCGAGAGCCUGGAGCUUUUCCGCUUGGAUCGAAGCGAGAAGCUCAAAGUGCUGUUUUCCUGGCCGAGGUCGGCAGCUACCAGUGCUUCGACAGCCCCUGCCGAAUUGCGCUGCUCACCGCUGCGGCCUCUGCAUCUGCCGGCAGCGCCGGCACCAGACAAAGCCAAGGGCCCAGAGGAUGAUGUCGCGACACGGAACGCCUUGGGCAUAGAUCUGCAAGCUCAGGAAUGUUGCUGGAUCUAUCCUUUGAGAUUGCGGGAUGCAACCCCAGCAGAGUUUGGGCGCCUGAAGCAGGAGCAGAAUCCGUUGGCCUUUGUGCUGGAAAAUGGAGGAUUCUGCUACCUAAACGAGGAGUCCAAAAUUGUUGCGCUGACCGCCAUUGUCCCCGUCGGGCGGGCCAAGAUGCAGUUUCAAAGACGGGAGUUCAAAGGAGAAGCUUCCACGUUCGAGCCCGACGACAUCAGUUACUGGCACGAGGUCACCUUGAAGUUUCUGAAGAAACGCGGAGCUCAUGAGUUUGCCUACCUGGCCCCGCGCGAAGUCUCCGCGCGUAGCGGAGUCGAGGUGGGUGGCCCGUAUGGAUCCUUCGCCUACAAGUUCAUUCAGAAAGACAAGCAGGAGGUGGUCGUCUUCGACUUCAUUGGGGCCGGCACCCUCUGA